CGCAAAGGUGGUACACCGCAUAACAAGCUACCAGAAGGCGGCUUUGGGCCCUUCCAAGCAAGCUCUGUUUCUCCAACAUGGAAGAGGCUGAGGCUACACAGUUCCUCGAAUCCUUGCUCGGAAAGACGUUCAAUGUCACUGUUCUAGACGGGCGACUAUUUUCGGGAAUAUUUCGAUGUACCGAUAAUGACAGCAAUAUCAUUCUCUCAAACUCAUUUGAGUACAGAAUGCCGUCCAAAGCAGCUGAAAAAGCCGCGCUCGACAAAUUGAAGGCUACCGGACAGGCCAGCAGAGUGGACAUGACAUCGCGAUUCGUGGGCCUUAUUGUCAUUCCAGGCAAGCAGAUUGCAAAGAUGGAAGUCGAGGAGAAGAGGGAGUGGCCCAGCAGCCAGUCCUUGUCGAUUCGGACGCGAACAUGAAGAGGUGGGAACUGCAAAGUUGAUCCUUGGAAAGAUCCCUUCCUCAAGCUGUCACACGAACUACGGAAAACUUCGAGCAAACUACAUUCGCAUUGUUGAAGACAGGAGGAACCUCUCCUAAAGCAAAGCUGCCUACCUGACGGCAAGCCUUCUGAGCCAAGCUAUGGCCAAACACCUUGCGGACGCACAAUCCCUGGCCUUCCUACGAGCACAGUUCGCAGAGGCAUGUGAAGACGCACACCGCACUUUUGCCCUCCUGUCAUAAUUGACCGUAGGGCAGGCUGGCUCACGCAGCGCUCAAGGCAGGAAGGAAUCAAGGAACUCAAUGUAAUGGAUGCCGCGAUUAAGGCGAAUCAGCUCCAGAGAAAGCGUCAGCCAUGGACAAACAAGAGCAAACUCUAGUCUGGAUCUGCGCCAAGGUGCGCUCCCUCCACGUUGGGACUGCUUGGGCUUACUAUUAUCAUUAUUCCUUCAUGUACUUGCAAGCGCUCGGCCCCGAGACAAUCGCAGUGAUUUGUAGCACCCCCAAAAUAAUAGGUAGUACAGAGAGUGACCUCAUCUGGCUCCCCUGCGGCCCAAGUUAGGCGUGGUGACCAGGAGUUAGGGGUUUAGGCAAUGAUCAC